CCAAUGGAUCUGUGAGAGUUUCAGUCGUGUUUGAGUUGUCGCAGUGGCCACAAUUGUUGCUCUUUCUUUCUCUCUGUUCUUGAACCGAAGAAGAAAGCAGUUUUUGGGGGCUAGGCGAUUUACCAUCUAAAUCCAAAUUACCUGACCAACGAUUGAGCCCAAAGGUCUUUCGUUCAGUCCAGCAGUGCUAUUUGACCCUAACCAGGAAAUCAAAAACGGACCAACACCAUGAAGGCAAUCACGAGAAUGCUCAUGGUUUGCCUCUCGGUGACGUCAUUGCAUGCCCUUCCCAACGGUGCCCCGCCCCUUUCAAUUUUGGGUAUGCGUUUCGCACCCGCAUUGCCACGAGGAGGCCGGACCCUAGUCAACACGUUCCCAUUCAACGUCAACUUGAAAGAGGAUACCGACCUCCACGCCCAUCAACACCAUGCCCAUCACCAUGACGAGCCCCAACACAAUCAGAAGCACGAGGAGCAUGUUCAUGAAAAUGAUGCCCAAGUGGCUCGUCAAGGAGCGGCCAAUCAACCGAGUCAGGAGAACUCGUUGGAAAUUGGCGAGAUCGCGGCUGCUGGAGAGCGAUGCAUUGAAAAGGUCAUGAUGGUGGAGGAAUUGGUUUACGAUGAACAGAUCGAGUGUCACCAUAGCUAUGAUCAAAGAUGUCAUACUACCUACACAACUGACUACGAGCCCCAACAAGAGGAGGAGUGUGAUGAAAACUUCAUCAAGAACUGCUACAUUGAAUACAAGAAUGUGGCGUUUGAUGAGCCCGUCAGGAUUUGCAACGAGAAACUCAUCAGGAAUUGUGACAAGCCAGGCCCUGAUGUUUGUGAAACAGUGUACGAAUCUGAGUGCGAGACUUCCUAUCACGAACACGAGGUCGAUGAGGAUGUACCCGCUUGUCGAACCAUGCAAGUGGAGAAAUGUCGGGAUGUGACCGUAGGAUAUACGACCGAGCAGCAAUGUGACAAAUGGCCCAAGCAAGUGUGCGAAUUGGAGAAUAAGACUGUCAAAAAGUACACUCCGGAAACUCAGUGCCGAAAAAUUCCGCGAGAGGUCUGUGGACCCGGACCUUGCCCCAUUGAAGCGGGACCCGAAGAGUGUCGUGAGGAGAUGAAAACUGUUGUUCAAGAGAUUCCCAAGGAAAACUGCGAUCUCACCCCUCAAAAAGUGUGCAAGCAUGUCACCAAGCUGAUCCCAGUGCUGAAACCCAAGGAGAAUUGUGUGGACAUUCCCAAAGAGGUGUGCGCCCGUGCUCGACGUAAUCCCAGGAAGAUCAACAAGCCAGUGAUCAAGAAGUGGUGUUACACGCCCACAGAGGAAUCAGGAUUACCGCCUCCAAGACCUCCAACCCCUGAAACAGAUCAGAGCUCUCUAUCUGAUGCCCAAUCCACCACUACCACGACCACUACCACUACCACCACCACCACCACCACAACAACAACCACCACAACAACCAGACCUGAAAUUACAACUACAACUACACCUACUACCACCGUCACGACAACAACUACCACCACAACAACCACAACAACCACCCUUCCUCCUGUCACACCCGACACCCUGUACAACGCCCCGCUUCCGCCCUCUCCUCCAGUUGAUGGGUAUAGUGGCAAUGUGCCCCCUGUCGGAUCCCGGCUGAACCUUCCACCCAGGCAAGGUUAGACCUCUCCACCCGCAAACGAUGCUUGCACACCUCGAAAGUCAAUCUUCACUGCCAGCUUUUCAAAAGUACCCUAAGCUCAGUCAUUUCAAUAAAAUUACUUCAUUCGGCUCAAACAGAAACAACAUUCAU